UACCUGAACAGUUAAACCUGUAUUUCGAUAUUAAAUACUGUGCUGGACGUUUAUGCAUUUUAGUCGUAUAAAUAAAUUUGAAUGAUCUAUCAUGCUAAAGUGAAAAAAGCAAAAGCGUAGGAAAAUUAAAACAUAUUGAAUAUCAGAAUAUUGAUCGAAUCGAUUUCUUAAAAUGGAAGUAGCUGGCAAAAGGCUGGACAUUGACACAGAGUCUGCUGAAGGAGAGUCUAGUUUAUGUGUAUCAUGUGAAGUUGAAAAUGUGAAAACGCCAGCAUGUGGAGCAUGCCGGGAAUGCAACGAGAAAAUGUGUACCACGUGUUUCCGGUAUCAUCUAAGGGUCAAACUAUGUAGAAAUCACGUGUUUCUUUCGCUUGACGAGUUUUCGUCACUUUCAUUAUGUAGUGGACUAGAAGAUGUUACCAGAUGUGAAAAGCACGACAAUGAAAUCAUCAAAUUUUAUUGCCGAUCACAUGAUAUCGCUGGGUGUGGAGAUUGUAUAGUACUAGGACAUACAUCAUGUAAACCAGAAUAUAUCAAUGAUUUGGCGAAAUCCUUCAAAGACGGAGACACAUACAAAAGCAUUGUGAAACGACUAGAAGACCUUGAGAAGCAGAAAACAGUUUGUGAACAAGAAAUUGAAAAGGGUAAAUACGAAUGCGAAAACAUGAAUGAAAACGCACUGAAAGGACUCCGUGAAUUCAGAACUGAGAUAAAUAAAUGUUUGGAUAAAGCAGAGGCUAGGCUGUUAUCAGAAAUGAAGAAACUGAAAAAGGAAAACACAGAAACGCAGACAAAGAUUGAGGCAGUAUUACAGUCGUUUACGUCAGAACUUCAGGAAGUGAAACAGAUGCUUGACACACAGCUGUAUCGUGAUAAUGCAUUAUUCAUCAAUGCAGUUAAUUGCAAGUCUAAACUAGCUGAUAUAGAAAAGAAGUACGAACAAUCAACAAAAGACAUGACGUUGAAAGGGUUCAAGUUUGUUUGUAAUGAUCAAAUGUUGGCGCUCCAGGAAUCUGAACGACCUGUAGGAAGCCUGCAGUUUUGUCAGAUCGAAUGUAGGACAAAAGAAACAACAAAACAGAAGUUUUGUGUUGGAACUCGUGUUCGUCAUCCUAGGAAAACUAAAAAAAUGGCUUAUACAUUUCCAGGAACUGUAACAAAAGUUACAGACACAACUUUUACUGUAGAAUGGGAUAUCAGUUACACCAAGACAACAUACAACAUCGCAGAUGACAAUAGUGAUAAAUUGGAAAUUAUUUAAAGAUAUACUAUGGUCAUCUUUGGCUAAAAUAUUUUUAUUGGAGAAUUUUUUAAAAUCUCAUAAAUUCUUCAAUAUGUCUGAUUUGAAUAAGUGAAUAUAUCAACUAUGUUUAGGAGGCGGCUUUCCUUAUUAAUUGCCAAAUUAAUUUGGUCUAUUCUAAUAAUUCGUAUUUAAUGACACUAUUUAAUUAUACUGUGUUUUCCUAAAGUGUUUAGAGUUGUAAAACAUAACAUUUUUGUAUAUGUGUAUUCAAAAGAUGUUUUUUUUUUACAUUUCAAAUAUCAAAUUUGAGCAUUCUCAAUAUGUAAAGCUGCAUUUUUUUAUUUUCCUUUUUUCUCAUUUAUUAUGUUAUUUUUGUAUAUGAAAAACAAUCAUUCAAGUGAACAUAGUGAACACACACACACGCACACUCUCCCAUUUCGCCUUUUUGAAUAGUGAUUCAUACAAUCAAAUUAAUUUUCUUUAUAAGUAUGGUUUUUAGCAAUAUUUUAUUUUUGAUUUACUCGAUAAUUCUUAUGUAGGAUAUUCCAUUUUGUCUUAUGCGCUUUAAAUUCAUCUUUAGAUAUUCUAUUUGUUAUCUACUGUAUAGAAUUGUCUUAAAUAAUUCAAACGUUGAUAUUUAUUUUUUAAGAUUUUGGUUUGAAAAUAUAUUAUUUCAUUAGAAUGAGAAUGAAAUUAAUUAUGUCAAUAUGCAGAUUAACUUUUAGUUCUCCAAAGAUUAAUAUUUCUUUCGAAAGAUUAAAUACAAUCCUAUUGAGUUAAGUCACGUGUGUAGGUUUUAUUUUCUAGUCAUGUAAAAAACCCAGUAAAGAUGGUAAAUAUUUCAAUGCUAUUAUGACAAAAGUCGGACAAAUGGAAUAUCUUUUCUGCAUUACGUAAAUAAAAUGGAU